AUUUAUCCCGGGAGUGUUUAGGGAUGUUUUGCAUUUAAGCUGCACUCAAAAUCACUUAGAGAGUAGCCCGUCAGCUUCACCUCUGCGCAGAUUGUUCUUCCACACGUCAAAUACUUCAUAGAAACCGCGUGGGAUCAAGAAAGAGAAAAGAUAUGUGAAAAGAUACUUUAUCUGAAUUACUAUAAAUAGGCAAUCAUGGGGACUGUUGUUGAUGCUGCAAAUAAGGAAGCAAAUGGAAGUUCACACAUCAAUAAGAAGGUCAAAGUGGUCUUUGUUCUUGGGGGUCCUGGCAGUGGUAAGGGCACUCAGUGUGCAAAUAUUGUCAAACACUUUGGUUAUAGUCAUCUUAGUGCGGGUGAUCUUCUCCGAGCAGAGCGAGAUUCUGGUUCUGAAAAUGGGACAAUGAUUAAGAACAUGAUCAAGAAGGGAGAAAUUGUUCCCUCAGAGGUCACAAUUAAGCUUCUCCAACGAGCAAUGGAGGAAGACGGAAAUGACAAGUUUCUUAUUGAUGGUUUCCCCCGUAAUGAGGAAAAUCGAGCUGCAUUUGAAUCUGUUACUGGAAUCGAGCCGGAAUUCGUUCUUUUCUUUGAUUGUCCAGAGGAGGAAAUGGAGAAGCGCGUUUUGAAUAGGAACCAGAAUAGAGAUGAUGAUAAUAUCGAGACAAUAAGGAAGAGAUUCGAGGUCUACAUGGGAUCCACCCUCCCUAUAAUUGAAUACUACAAUUCUAAAGGGAAAGUCCAUAAGAUCGACGCUUCCAAGACAAUCGACCAAGUGUUUGAGGCAGUCAAAGAGGUUUUUAGCUCAUACGAAGACAAGGUAAAUCGACAUCAUAAUGCUUCCAAGAAACGCACUAAGCCCCUUCAAUAUAGAUGGAAAAGGAAAUCUGGACUUAGUGCACUGAAAUGCUGUUGGAUGAGGCGCAUAUUGCCUUGAUGACAAUUGGUUGCUGCUUGAAGAAGCUGUUUCACUCCUAGGUAUAAUUUCUUUCGUAAAAGUUCUACAUCCAUGGAGGAGAUUUUGAUUUUUCGCCUUUCUACCCGGAAACAUGACCGAAAUACUCAUAGGCGGAUGGUUUUUUGUGGUAAGUUGGAUACUUGAUUCAAGUGAUGCCCGAAUGAGUAUUGCAAACCUUUUAGCACGAAUCAGAUCAUCCAACCGAGAUCUAAACAAAUUACAUGACAAGUAAAUUAUAAUUGUCAUAUCAACUAUGUAUAAUUAGAAAGAAGGACGAGUUGUAUGGCAUGUGUGAUAAUACUUACUAAGUGAUUGGGGGGGGGGGGGGGGGG